AAACACCGUUUACUACAGAGGAAGUAAGCAACCUUUGUUUAAAGUUGCCAAAUAACAAAGUUGGUGGAAUGGAUGAACUUGUAUACGAACACGUCAAGUAUGCUGGGAAGCAGUUCUUUGCUGUCCUGACUGACGUUUUCAAUGCAAUUAGAGCAUUGGAAGCUAUUCCUAAAUCUGUCGAAAUUGGUGUUAUCUAUUCCCUAUUUAAAGGGAAAAAGAAGAAUAAAUUAGACAAAGAUAAUUACAGAGGUAUCACCCUUCUUAAUGUUAUUGGCAAAAUAUUAGAACGACUUAUCCUUAAUCGAAUGAUGCCAAUAUUAAUUAAAAAUGGAGUUCCAGAUAAGAUGCAAUUUGCAUAUCAAAAAGGAAAAAGCUGUGUUCAGGCCAGUUUUGUAUUGCAAGAAGCGAUUCACCAUGCAGUUGAGAGAGAAAGCAAAGUUUAUGCAUGUUUUUUGGAUAUUUCAAAAGCUUUCGAUUGUGUUUGGAUGGAUGGUCUCUUUUUCAAACUGUUCAAUCUUGGAAUACAGGGCAAGUCAUGGAGAUUAUUAAAGAAAUGGUAUUCAAAUCUGUCUUGUCGUGUGGCUCAUAAUGAUUUGCUCUCAGAACCAUUUCUCAUUCGCCAAGGUAUUCGGCAAGGUGGAGUUAUAUCGCCAUGGUUGUUUUUAUGCUUUAACAAUGAUAUAAAUGCAGAGUUAAGUACGAUGAACGUUGGAAUUAAUAUUGACUCAUUAAUUUCCGUGAAAAAUGUUCUAAUAGCUGACGAUGUCGCAUUGUUAUCCCUAAGUGUCAAUGGUCUACAAAAAAUGAUAUCAACUAUGGAAGCGUACAGCAAAAAAUGGAGAUUCGACUAUAAUGUAACAAAGACGAAUAUUAUCACAUUUGGAGAACAUGUAAAUACACAUAGACGUAAUGUUCAACAAAGAUGCUGGACACUUUAUGGAAAACAGAUUAAGGAGAAGUUGUCAUCUGAACAUGCUGGCAUUCGUCUAAGUGGAAAUUUUUCGAGUACAGAGCGUACACUGGAGAUGGCACGGAAAGGCAAGGCAGUAGUGUCAAGUUUGAUGAGUGCAGGAGUUCGUCCUGCCGGUUUAAAUCCAAUUUGUGGAAUUAACAUAUGGACAACAGUUGGUUUGCCGACAAUGUUAUUCGGAGGUGAGUUGUGGAGUAACAUCACAAAAACUGAGUAUGACAUACUUGAACGAGUGAAUCGUUUUGCAGCAAAGCGAGCUCAAGAUCUUGCACCAUCAACGCGAUCAGAAGCCGCACUUGGAAGUUUGCGACUAUGGACAAUUGAGGGACAUAUCGAUAAAGUACAACUGAUGUUUCUUCAUAAAUUAUUAUCAUUGAAACCAACGAAUGUGGACAAAAUUAUAUUUUUUGUUAGAUUAUCAUCUUUUUUCAAUGAUGUGACUAAGAAGAAAAUGGGAUUUAUUCCAAACAUCGUUAGAAUUUUAAAUAAAUAUGGACUUGGGGAUUAUCUCACCACCUACAUACAAACAGGUCAAGUCCCAACUAAAUCUUCAUGGAAAUCAUUGGUUAAAGCAAGUAUUCGUCAAUUUCAAUUACAGAGUUGGAGACAGGGCUUGCAUAUCAAACCAGAACUUGGAUAUUUUCGGGACGUUCAUACUGAACUGCAGCCUCUAGAAUUGUGGAACACAGCGAAGCGGAACCCAAUGUACCUCAAACCUAUAGCAACACUGGUAAAUCUUCUAUGCGGAAAUAUUCCGUCAAAACUUAGUGAUGUUGUGGAAGAUCAGGGUGAACAGAAGAUCUGUAGGAUAUGUCAUGGAUCAAUAUUGGGAACCCUCAAACAUUUUAUAAUGGACUGCCAAAGCGUAUCGAUAGAAAGAGAAUUAUUGUGGGACAAUUUACAGGACCAAUUGAGUUUAAAUAUUUGUGCUAGCAUUUUUAACCAAGAUGAUAACGGCAUGCUU